GGAGUGUACGGGGGAGUGCAGUGGAUCGGUCGAGAGACGUGCUCGCUGGGAGUGCUGUGGAUCAGCGAGCUGCUGAACUCGAGGGGGGUGCUGUGGAUCAGCGACCAGACGUUCAUGCUGGGAGUGCUGUGGAUCAGCGACACGCUGACCUCGCUGGGAGUGCUGUGGAUCAGCGACCUUCUCGUCUCGCUGGGAGUGCAGUGGAUCAGGGACCUGUGCGACUCGCUGGGAAUGCAGUGGAUCGUGGACGGGACGUGCUCGCUGCGAGUGCUGUGGAUCGUGUGCCUCAAGGCGCGCAUGGGGGGCCCGUGA